CGGAGCGCGACAUCAUCGCUCAGAUCCAUCUUGCGCGCAUCAACAACACCACACUUUCACACGACCACGAUCAUCACUAGUGAAUCCGCCACCAGUCGAACAGCCUCGUCACCGGGUUCCAAUAACGAAUAUACGAGAUGUCUUUCCUCUUCGGCGGCCGCCCCCAGCUCUCGUCUGAGCAGAAGAUCGCAGCAGCAGAGGCUGAGAUCGAUAUGGUCUCUGAUAUGUACAGCCGUCUCCUGAAGUCCUGCUCCGCAAAAUGCAUCGACACAUCGUACCGCGAAGCCGACCUGAACAAGGGCGAGUCCGUGUGCCUCGACCGCUGCGUAUCCAAGUUCUUCGAGGUCAACGUCAAGGUCAGCGAGAAAAUGCAGGGCGAGGCACAGGGCAAGCAGGGCUUCCCCGGUGGCAUGUAAAGUAGGAUAACAAUUCUGAAAAGGAGGACGGGGGAUGAUGUGAGUAGAGAUGGAGAAGGAGGACGAGAGGAUCGAAAAGAAGCGAUGGGCAGCGAAGACUGGUCGCAAAGGAUCUACACUCUAUCUUCAACUCGGCGCACUGCAUUACGAUAUCGAUCACGGUUUGGAUGUGGGCUUGUACAAUAUGUAUAUCAUAUGGGUCACUUGGCGCGGGUAGCAUGGAAUGGAGCAAUUUGCAUUGCAUACGUGUAUUGCUUCGUUGCGAGGCAAUGGAAGCUAGGAUAAUGCAAGACAACGCUUUUGUGUUGUAACUCUGGCGAAGUACCAAGAUGCAAGCUUUAGUCCGUCCCAAGGCCUGCAUUGCAAUUCCACAGAUGUGCAAAGCCGGCCAAAAUUGCAAUCAGUGGCGGUAACUUUUUGCUCUUGCCCA